AUGGUUGUGGUGAUGAUGGUGGUGACAGUGGUUGUAAUGAUAGUGGUGGUGCUGGUGGUAGUGAAGGAAUUCAAAGAAUUGUUGAGAGUUGCUGGACGCAAGCUCGUGGUGAUAGAGUUUUCAGCAAAAUGGUGUGGCCCCUGCAAAAAGAUUGGUCCUGCUUUCCAGGCAAUGUCUGUAAAAUACCAAAAUGUCAUGUUUGCUAAUGUGGAUGUGGACUCAUCUGAGGAAUUGACUCAAUUUUGUCACGUCAAUGCAGUACCCACAUUUCAGAUGUUCAAGCACACCCAAAAGGUCACUCUAUUCUCAAGACUCAAAAGAACAAUGUGCUGCUAUGUCAGAAAUGGACUGGAGAGCAGGAAGAUUUUUGAAUUUCAUGGAGCUGACAUUAAAACACUGGAAGAGAAGAUUCAAGAGCUAAUGUAAACUGCCACCCAAAACCAAAUAUACCUGUGACAUUUUCUAAAGCAACAGCAAAUUUUGUGUUUUGGUUUUCAGCAUGUCCUGUCACUCUCUCCUGAUGUUUUGUAAGAGGAAUAUAGUAUUACUAUCCUCCCAAGACUUUGCUUGAAACCAUUGCUGUCCCGGAACUAUGUUACUGUUCUCUUUAGUCAGCCAUGCUCUGGGCAUGUUCCUUGGGUGAUGUUUUCAUGACCUUCCCAUGUAAAGCUAAGUAAUAGCAAAUCACCAAGCUUUCUAGAGAUAGCAAAGAUGCAGCUCACAGGAUAAACAAACUUGGCUAUUCUUAGGUAUGCCACGGUUGGGGGAGCGUUGCUUCCUUUUCUACUAUUUUGUUUUUUUUUGGGGGGGGGUAAGAAUUAAGUCCAAGGCCUCACACAUGCUAAGCAAGGACUCUUAACCAUUGAACUGCACCCGGAGAUAUUACUUGUCCCAGGUUGCUUUCUAUUGUGUGAUAAACACCAAGGCAACUUUGGAGCACACAGUCCUGUAUGGGACAUACUCAUCAAACUCUUCCAUGGGGAUCUAUGUGAAAGAUGGAUGGCUUCAAGGAAGCUGUCCUCUAGACAGCACAAACCUGAUGCACAUAGAAAUUCACAGACACUGUAGCAGCAUACAUAAGACCAACACAUGCCCAAGCCAGAUGAGGUCCCAGCACUAGAAGGGUAAAGUAGAUCAGUCUCUGAUCCUUGAAAAUCUAUCUGCAAUUGAUACCUACUGACAAGGGAAAAAUCAGUAUUUACCAAUAAGCAUAUUAACUUCAGGUCAGGCCCACACUCAGGGGUAAGUUGACCAACAAGAAAUUAACCCAAUAGUAUUUGUGUAGACCUUUUUUUGUAUUAUUUUGUGGGGGAGGAGCUUUGCUUUAUUUUGUCCUGUCUUGUUAAUCUUGUAAUUAUUUUGAUUUUCCAUUUUUGUGUUUGGGGGGUAUUUUGGAGUUUGGGGGGUGUUUGUUUUAAAGAAAGAACAUGUAGAGAGAAAAAGUAGAGGUGGAAGGGUCUGGGAGGAAAUUGGGGAGGAGAAGAACAUGAUCGAUAUGUAUUGUAUGAAAAAAAUUGUUUUUUUAAUUUAAAAAUAUUUCCUUACUCAUGGGGAAAAAAAGUCAUGAAGUAAUUUGAUGGCUUUCUCGAUUUUUUUCCAGAAGAUUCUGUUAGGUCCCUGACUGUGGGAUGCCUGAAUUGAAACUAAGGGUUGAAGGAAUGUGAUAUAGUUGAGCAUCUACAAUAAUGUCAGACUUUUUGUUGUAACUCUA